UGAAAGAGUUCUUAGCCAAAGCCAAAGAAGAUUUCCUUAAAAAAUGGGAAAAUCCCGCUCAGAACACAGCGCACUUGGAUCAGUUUGAAAGAAUCAAGACCCUCGGCACCGGCUCCUUCGGGCGGGUCAUGCUGGUGAAGCACAAGGAGACCGGGAACCACUACGCCAUGAAGAUCCUCGACAAACAGAAGGUGGUGAAACUCAAGCAGAUCGAGCACACCCUGAAUGAAAAGCGGAUCCUACAAGCGGUCAACUUUCCGUUCCUCGUCAGACUCGAGUUCUCCUUCAAGGACAACUCCAACUUGUACAUGGUGAUGGAGUACGUGCCUGGCGGGGAGAUGUUCUCACACCUACGGCGAAUCGGGAGGUUCAGCGAACCCCACGCCCGUUUCUACGCGGCCCAGAUUGUCCUGACCUUCGAGUACCUUCACUCACUCGAUCUCAUCUACCGGGACCUGAAGCCAGAGAACCUCCUCAUCGACCAGCAGGGAUACAUCCAGGUGACGGACUUCGGUUUUGCCAAGCGCGUCAAGGGCCGUACCUGGACCUUGUGUGGAACCCCCGAAUACCUGGCCCCCGAGAUCAUCCUGAGCAAAUAUGAGAUGGCGGCCGGCUACCCCCCCUUCUUCGCCGACCAGCCCAUCCAGAUCUACGAGAAGAUCGUCUCUGGGAAGGUGCGGUUCCCAUCCCACUUCAGCUCCGACCUGAAGGACCUGCUACGGAACCUUCUACAAGUGGAUCUCACCAAGCGCUUUGGGAACCUCAAGAACGGGGUCAAUGACAUCAAGAACCACAAGUGGUUUGCCACGACCGACUGGAUUGCCAUCUACCAGCGGAAGGUGGAAGCUCCCUUCAUACCAAAGUUUAAAGGCCCUGGGGACACAAGUAACUUUGAUGACUAUGAGGAGGAAGAGAUCCGGGUCUCCAUCAAUGAGAAGUGUGGCAAGGAGUUUUCUGAGUUUUAGGGGUGUGCCUGUGCCCGCACGGGUUUUCUUUUCUUUUUUUUUUUUCUUCCUUUUUUUUUUUUUUUUUGAGGGGGUGGGGUGGGAGGGUUGGAUUGAACAGCCAGAGGGCUCCAGAGUUCCUUGCAUCUAAUCUCACCCCCACCCCUACCCUCCAGGGUAGGGGGAGCAGGAAGCCCAGAUAUUUGGAGGGACAGAAACACCAGCUGCUCCCUCUCACCCCCCUUGGCCCUCUUGCCCCCUCCCCUACCAUUUUUCCCUUCCUCCUCCCCAACAGCCCCCCAGCUCAGCCCACUUCUGCCUGUUUUAAAGGAGUUUCUCAGCUCCAGUCAGACCAGGUCUUGCUGGUGUAUACAGGGACAGAGUGUGGAAAGAGGGGCCCUAAUUGAGCUGCAGCCCCCACCCCCCACUCCCGCCAAACCACAGGCUAAGGGGAAAUGGACAAGAAGCCAGCCUUCUUAAAGCAGUCCUGCCUGGGGAAGGACAGAUUUUUAGUGACAUAUUCAGUGGCCUGCUUGCUAGAACUUUCAAAAAAAAAAAAAAUGUAAAAUCUUCUUUAAGUUCCAUCAGUGCCUCCUCUGCCUCCUUCCUUCACCCACGCCCCUCUGUGUCCCACCAUUCCCAAAUUCAUUUUAACAAGGCUGGGAAGCAGAAUGACUUCCUAAAGGAAGGAGCUGGAG